AUGGACCGCGACGCGGGCGCAGAUGAAACCGCCUGGACGAGUGCUUCGGAGGCCCGUCGAGUCGACUUUGAUGAUACCAAGCCGUCAUUCAUGAGCACUCCCUCUCCUGUUCAUGAAGCUAACGCUACUAGCCAGCCUGCUAUGCUUCACAGAUUGCUCUAUACUUUGCACUGGCUCGAUGCGACCCAUCUAGCCCUGAUGUCUGGGCCUGUAUCACGAGCCUUCACCAGCAUGAAGACCUAG